AUGCAGAAGCUGCUCGGGGGCCAGAUCGGACUCGAGGACUUCAUCUUUGCUCAUGUUCGAGGAGAAACCAAAGAAGUGGAAGUCACUAAAACAGAAGACGCUCUGGGCCUCACCAUCACAGACAACGGAGCCGGCUACGCCUUCAUCAAAAGAAUCAAAGAGGGCAGCACCAUAGACCAGCUGAAGACGGUGUGUGUCGGGGACCAUAUCGAGGCCAUAAAUGAGCAAAGCAUUGUGGGAUGUCGACAUUAUGAGGUUGCCAAGAUGCUGAAGGAGCAGCCCAGAGGGAUCCCCUUCACCUUACGACUGGUCGAACCCAAAAAGGCCUUUGAUAUGAUUGGAAUGAGAACUAAAGCACCCAAGUCCAGCGAGGGAAAGAUGGUGAACGGGAAAGAGACGCUGCGCCUGCGAUCCAAAGGAGCCGCCAUUGUUCAGGAAGUGCCCAACGAGUUCGAGGAGGAGGCGACGAAGAAAGUGGAUGACCUUUUGGAGAGUUACAUGGGAAUACGGGACGUGGAGCUGGCUACAACUAUAGUGGAAGCUGGAAAAAACAAGAAAAACCCGGAUGACUUUGCGGAGGCGCUGGACUCGGUGCUCGGGGACUUUGCGUUCCCGGAUGUCUUCCUGUUUGAUGUUUGGGGAGCUAUUAGGGACGUGAAAAAUGGCAGGAUCUAG